AACAACAGCAGCAACAACAACAACAGCGGCAGCAACAACAGCAACAACAGCAGCGGCAGCAACACCAACAACGUCUUCACUGCGAGAACGGGACGAAGGCCUCCGGUCAUCGUCUGAAGAAGGGUAUCGACCCGAAACGUCACCAAUUCCUUCUCGCCAGAGUAAUUCAACCAUGGGGGAUAGUCUAUCACGUCUAUCACUGCACAAACCAUUCAGCGAAAGCAAUGAAUCCAGCAAAAGGGAAACAGAUAACUUGGAUGUUUCGUCCAAUCACAGUGAAGACUACAGUAGAAAUGGGGAUGUUUCGCAGUUUCCAUAUGUCGAAUUCACUGGUCGCGACAGUGUUACCUGUCCAACAUGUCAAGGGACAGGAAGGAUUCCAAGAGGUCAAGAAAACCAGCUUGUGGCAUUAAUUCCUUACAGUGACCAGAGGCUAAGACCCAGGCGAACGUAGAAAGUUUACGUGACCUCAUCCGUGGUUUACGGUAAUAUUCUUUGUUUGCUGCUUUCUGGAUUAGCAGUAUUUUUUCUCUUUCCACGAUCUAUUGAUGUGAGUUACGUUGGUGUGAAAUCCAUUUAUGUCAGUUAUGACCAAAGCAAUCGUGUAGUAUAUCUCAACAUCACGAGUACAUUAAAUAUCACAAAUAACAACCUCUAUUCAGUCAGUGUGGCAAACAUAAGUGCUCAGGUGCAGUUUUCUAAAACUGUCAUUGGGAAAUCACGGAUAAGCAACAUUACAAAAAUUGGACCUCUGGAUAUGAAGCAGAUUGACUACUCGGUUCAUACUGUGAUAGGAGAUCAAAUGAGUUACAUGUAUGACUACUGCACGCUGACAUCAAUCAAAGUACAUAAUAUUGUGAUUAUGAUGCAAGCAACUGUUACCACGUCUUAUUUUGGACACACAGAGCAAGUUUCACUAGAAAGAUAUCAGUAUGUGGAUUGUGGAAAGAAUACCACCUAUCACAAACGAUCAAAUCUCAAUCUUGCACAGUUGCACAACUUGCCUUGUCUGUCUGCCUAGAGUACAACACCUUGCAGUAAUAUUAGGUAUGCAAAGUGUUCAAAACUAAAUUAAUUGAAAUUGAAAAUAGCCAAUGUAACUGCAGAUGGGUCAUGAUGUAGAUGUGAGUUGGCUAAAGAGAACUAUGGUUAUAUAUCUCAACUUGUAAAUUUAGUUGUCAUGUUUGCUUAAAUUCUAUUAUUCACUCACACUACUUAAAUUGUCACAUUAAAGAUGAUUCAGUUCAGUGUAAAUAAUACCAACUGUUUUACUUUUAAUUCAAAUUGAAAUUAUCUUUUUUAAUGUAUUAUGGACACAGACACUUUUUGCUAUUGACACUGUGACUUACCUUCAUUUAAUAAUCAACAAAAAAAACCUUGUAUGCAUCACAAAUUUCUAAUUGGUCAUGCACCAUUCUUACCCCCCUCCCCCCCCCCCCCCCCCCCUCACGACCACUUGUAUAACCACACAGUGUAUAGUUUUGCUGCUUUAAAUUAGAGGCAAGUAAAUAAUUUGGAUGUUGAAAGGUCAAUUGGAAUUAUGUUUGAAAUCUUUUAAACAUCCUUUUUGCAAUUUAAUUUGUGAUUUUGCAGUAAAGGGGAUUUGCAUAACUUGUUAUAUCUGAACAAACAUUUGAAUAUAAGGAUCCUUGACUCCUAGUUGUACAAGUGAAUUUACUGUUUUUCUAAAUCCAUUAACAAACUCCAGUUAUUUAAUACACUGCGCACUUUAAUUAUUCUUGUUGUCAACUUAUGAUAACUGAGGAUCCUAUAUAUCAGCAGUCACCAGUGAUGAAACUAGUAAAUUGUAAAUUAUCGAUACUAAGACUCUUGAGUAAAGCCAACCAUAUAAUGGCUUGGUGGGUAAUGAGUGCAAGGUUAAAUUUAAUUUGUUGCAUUAUGCUAUACAGCCAUGUUUUAAUCUCUGAACAGGAAUUAAGGAGUUCAAGGCAGGUAACUUUUAACAUCCGAGAAGGGAAUAAACUACCAUUGGGGAUAAGAUGCUCAUUUUAGACGCAUUCUGAUUUUUUGUUUUGCAUCCCGUCUGAAUUUAAUGACUUAUCACUGAGAUAUGAGUGCCAUGUAACCACUGAUUUAAUUGCUGUUUUUUCUGUUAAAAUUAUAAAUGAUGUUCAUUAUAUAUUGCUGGAUUACGUAUUAAAAAUUAUCCCAUUCUUUUCAUUGGUAAUUAUUUUGCAGUAAAUUUGCUGAAAACCAUGUUUGUAAAUAAAUCCAUCAGUCUUGUCACCACUAGUCUAGAGAAAUCCAAACUUGUAAUAUGGAAAAUGCUUAACUGUUGAUUGAAACUUUUCUUAAAUUACAAGUUUUAAUAUUCAUAUUGGGUUGUGAAUGAUUUGCAUAUGUCGCACUUUCUCCUCUGGCACAUUGAUAGUUCUUUACACUGAUUUCUUAUUGUGCUUUGUCACAUUUACAUGCAGGUAGCCUGGAUUCCCAACAUAAACAUCUGAAUAGUACUACUUUGAUAAUAUUGUGCUAAUAUUAAGCUUGAAUUUUGCAAUUGUGACUUAAGAUCUCUAAAUUUAGAAAAGGGAUAUUUUGCAUCCAUUGUUCGAAAUAAAAUGCUUUUAAAGAAUAA